CCGGAGCAGAGUUCAUGAAUGUUGACGAUUGUUGAAACGUGAACACAUGUUAACAAAAAAACACACCGGCAUAGCAAUAUACAAUUCAUAGACAGCCAACAUGAGAGAUACACCGUUAUCAAACUGCGAGCGGGACUUUAUACUCAAAGCUAUUCAAGAAAAAAAGCGCUUGGAUGGGAGACAGACCUAUGACUACAGGAGCAUCAAGAUCUCGUUCGGGACAGAUUAUGGAUGCUGCUUUGUUGACCUGGGGAAGACGAGGAUCAUGGCCCAGGUGUCCUGUGAGCUCAUUACUCCGUGUGGUGUGGUACAGAUCUAUGUCUAUAUCUACCUGUCUAUUUCUCCAGGUGUGGUACAGAUCUAUGUCUAUAUCUACCUGUCUAUUUCUCCAGGUGUGGUACAGAUCUAUAAUGCCUAUCUACCUGUCUAUUUCUCCAGGUGUGGUGUGGUACAGAUCUAUGUCUAUAUCUACCUGUCUAUCUCUACAGGUGUGGUACAGAUCUAUGUCUAUAUCUACCUGUCUAUCUCUACAGAUCUCCAGGUGUGGCAGAUUAGGGUGGACGUCCACUUGCUGAACCACGAUGGUAACCUAAUGGACGCUGCCAGCAUUGCUGCCAUCGCGGCCCUCUGUCACUUCAGACGGCCCGAUGUGGGCAUCCAGGGAGAGGAAGUCACUGUGUACAGUACAGAGGAGAGAGACCCCAUUCCCCUCAGCAUCUACCACAUGCCCAUCUGUGUCAGUUUCUCCUUCUUCCAACAAGGGACCUACCUGUUGGUUGACCCGUGUGAGCGUGAGGAGCGUGUGAUGGACGGCCUGCUGAUGAUAGCCAUGAACAAACACAGAGAGAUCUGCUCCAUCCAGUCCAGUGGAGGCAUCAUGCUGCUCAAAGACCAGGCGGGUACUGGGGAGCCAUAG